UUGGUAAGUGCCUAAAUCGUUGAAAAAACCCUAACGGCCUAAAACCCUUACUUCAGCAUUUCGAUUCACGCUAGUCUAUAUAAACUCUAGUUCGACUUUGUUAGUGGGAAUAACCUAAAACCCUUACUCCAGUCUACUUGUCUUCUUUGAUAUCAUCUCUCUUUCCAUCUCCAUCCGCAAGUUCUCAUCACUGAACCCGCUGCCGCUGGAACCUGUUUCUUUUGGACGGAUUGAAACCAGUCCGGCAAUCAGGAGAGCCCCCAGCUAGACGGCAGCUAUUUACAGUGGUGUGAGCACUUGGGUUGGUAUCUGAGUGUUAAAUGGCUCAGUUGCAGGCCGUGUUGUCAUGUCCAUCCAGCAACUUUGUAUUCCAUGCCUCCAAGAGAUCAGAUUCGUUUCGGGACAAACUAUGCUGCCUAGGGAAGUCAUCUUCAUUCCAAGAGUUAGGGGUAAGGUCCAGUGGACUUCAUGGGAGUGCGCUUGUUCAUCACAGGGGAAAUCUUGCUCAAGCUUCUACUGGACGAGCCAUUCAAGCAGUUUUGUCCAGCGAAAAAGAAACAGAUGUUUCCACAUCUCCAAAGGGUGGACUGCGUGGAAGAUUGAAUAAAGUGGUUUUGGCCUAUAGUGGUGGUUUGGAUACCUCAGUUAUUGUCCCAUGGCUAAGGGAGAAUUAUGGCUGUGAAGUUGUUUGUUUCACUGCAGAUGUUGGUCAAGGCAUCAAGGAACUAGAGGGUUUAGAAGCAAAGGCCAAAGCUAGUGGAGCUUGUCAAUUAGUUGUUAAGGAUCUGAAAGAGGAAUUUGUGAGAGAUUACAUAUUUCCUUGUUUGCGAGCUGGAGCAAUUUAUGAAAGAAAGUACUUGCUUGGAACUUCCAUGGCUCGACCUGUUAUUGCUAAGGCCAUGGUUGAUGUUGCAAAAGAGGUUGGAGCAGAUGCUGUUUCACAUGGAUGCACAGGGAAGGGAAAUGAUCAGGUCCGGUUUGAAUUAGCUUUUUUUGCUUUAAAUCCUGAACUCAAUGUUGUGGCUCCAUGGAGAGAAUGGGAUAUUACAGGAAGAGAAGAUGCCAUUGAGUAUGCAAAGAAACAUAAUGUGCCCGUCCCUGUUACAAAGAAAUCUAUCUACAGCAGAGACCGAAAUCUGUGGCACAUCAGCCAUGAGGGAGACAUUCUGGAAGACCCUUCAAAUGAGCCAAAGAAGGAUAUGUACAUGAUGACAGUUGAUCCGGAAGAUGCACCUGAUCAACCUGAAUACAUAGAGAUUGGAAUAGUCUCAGGACUCCCUGUUUCAGUCAAUGGGACGGAGCUUUCUCCUGCUGCGCUUCUUUCAGCGCUCAAUGACAUUGGUGGGAGGCAUGGCAUUGGUCGUAUAGACAUGGUUGAAAACCGGCUUGUUGGAAUGAAAAGUCGUGGGGUAUAUGAAACUCCUGGUGGGACCAUCCUUUUCACAGCGGCCCGUGAGCUGGAGUCUUUGACACUUGAUCGUGAGACGCUGCAGACCAAAGAUACGCUUGCAUUCAAAUAUGCAGAGUCGGUGUAUGCAGGUAGAUGGUUUGAUCCACUCCGGGAGGCAAUGGACGCAUUCAUGGAGAGUAUUACAAAGACCACCACUGGGUCUGUGACUCUAAAACUCUAUAAAGGGUCAGUUACAGUGACUGGCCGGAAAAGUCCGUACAGCUUGUAUAGGCAGGAUAUAUCAUCUUUUGAGAGUGGAGACAUCUAUAACCAGGCCGAUGCUGCCGGUUUCAUACGGCUUUAUGGCCUGCCUAUGAGGGUUCGAGCAAUGCUUGAAAAGGGUAUCUGAUAAUUUUUCUUAGAUGAUAGUCGAUGAGUUUGUUUUCUUUGUUUAAGUGUUUGAUGUUGAAUCGAGUCCUUUAUUUUAUUUUUUCUUUUUGUUUGUAAACUGCUCUGUUGCAUGAAGAUGAAUAAAAUAGUGAUUUCCUGGUGCUGUUGUUAACAGCCUUGCGGGA